AUGUUCGAUAACCAACCUACCAUCGAUGAAUGCGCUGAUUCGGCUGAUGCAGACAUGUCUGGAUGUGCCCAGGCCGGCAAGCGAGGACUGCCGGCAGGAUGCCUGUUCGUUGCAAGUUUGGAUGCAACAAAAUCUGAAGAUCAUCUUCAACAGUCUGUAUCUAGACAUUUCGCGCAUUGGGGCAGAGUUCUUCAUGUUAAAGUUCUUAGAGACUGGGCGGAUCGUCCUUACGCCUUCGUUCAAUUUGAGAACAUUAACGACGCAGAAGUUGCGUUGAAAGAAGCUCAUAACUCAUGGAUUAACGGUCGACAGAUUAGAGUAGAAAAGGCCCGAGUUAACCGAACCCUUUUCGUGGCUAAAUUGAACCCCGAUCACGUCGAAGAAGAAAUUAGAAGCAUACUUGAGCAAUUUGGUCCCCUCGAGGAGAUCAGCAUUCCAAAGAACUUCAAUACUGGUCGUAACAAGGGCUGUGGGUUCGUCAAGUUCUGCUACAGAGACGAUGCAAUUGCCGCAUUCAACUCUCUUCGUCAGACCACUACUUAUUUUCUUGAGUGGGCCGAGAAUCUUGAUAAGCCUCCGUUUGAAACUAAUGAAGAAGACACGCACUCUAUAUACGUCGGAAAUCUAAACGAGAAUCUUAUAACAAAAGAAUUAUUGCAUGAUAGAUUUGAACGUUAUGGAAAAAUUGAAGAUAUUCAUUUGGUCAAUCGUGGUAGGGACUAUGGCAAACCCGCAUAUGCCUUCAUUCGGUUUAGCGAAGCAUCUUCGGCCGAGGCAGCCAUAACCCAAGAGAAUGAUGUGGAGUACUUGGAGCGUCAGAUGAAGGUCCGACGGCGUCUCACACAAGAAUAUCGCAAUUUCCAGUUCGAACUUAACCGUCAACAUAACGAAAUUCGCCGACGGUCCGCUGGACAUCAUAAAUGCUCUAAUUUCCUGGGAAACCGUCAACCAGUUUCUCACAUGUACGCAAAUACCGCUCAAUAUAAUCAAGGAUCUGGUAGCAUACCAUCGACGACUUUUUAUCCGCCUAUGCAAAUUAUUCCGCCUAAUUCUAGUGGAUUGUCACCCGUUUCGGUGACACCGCCGGGAAGCUUUAGUGAGAGAAGGAACAGUAUGGAUGGAAAAGAAGAGGAAGGCGUCACCGAAAAUGCGCGGGACAUAGUUCCACCGCCCCCACCAAUGUCUGGUGUAGUACCAAUACAAAGACCAGACUUUCACAUGUUUCCACCCAUGCCGUUUGUACAGACAAUAGAUGGGCAAUUAUACUCCGUUGUCCCUUAUUAUCAUGAAUCGGCUGGCACCUUUGCCAUGUAA